CUCCCCAGCAUCUCCCCGGCCGUCGCAGCGAGGGAGAGGAUGUCCGGCAGCACGGCGAGGAAGGUCCAGCCCUUCACCAUAAGCACCAAACUCUCCCUGCCCAAAUGUGGCACCGAUUUCUCCGGCGAUGCUUGCCCCGACAUCGCUCUCGCCUCCGCUCUGGGCAACCACCAUGGCCUUCGGCACAACCUCAACGAGCGCAUCUCCCUCUACCUGGCCCAAGCACGUGCCAGUCCCGCUUCCCCUGACAGCCAGCCCCGCAGCACCAGCCCCGUGGAAGAAGGAGUCACCGAUGAGGACCGGCUUAACCGCAACUCUCUUGCCCGCUCCAUCAAGAAGAUCACUCUGUCCAACUGGCAUGGGGAGGCUGUCGCAUGUGACACAGGGGGACCCAGGGAUCCUGCCCGGACCAGCGUUGAGAGGAACCACAACAACAACAAUAGCAGGGCAGGGAAAGCUCAGUUCAAGGUCUUUCUCAGAAAGGAAGUGGACGUGGAGGAAGAGAAGCAGGAGACCAGGAGCCCCCACACUGGUGGUUUCUGCUCACCGGUGGACCGAGGCUCCCCCUUUCAUGCGCUCGCAGGAGGCCCUGCAACAGCCCCGCUGAGAGAAAGCCCCAAGAGCAAGGAGCCCAACAUAGCCGCUGCGCCGAAAAGCGGCGGGCGAAGCAGCGCGGGCCCCACCAGCCUCCUCAACCUGAGCCCCUUGAUAGCGCAGUUCAACCGGGAGAUGCUGCAGGCGGAGGGCUGGGUGCGAGGCAAGCUGCGGGACCUGAAGGAUGGCUGCGACGUGCAGGACUGGGAGCAAGUGGCUCAGACCCUGCAGAGGGACAUGAAGGAUUUUGAGAACACGCUGAUAAAGCUCAACCAGAUGGGCGAGCAGCUGAUGGGGCGGCCGAGCCCCAGCACCGAGACGGUGCGUCGGCAGCUGCUGGCGCUGCGGGAGCAGUGGCAGCUCCUCCGGCAGACAGCUGCCAGCCAGAGCAAAGCCUUGGGCGGGCUGCGGAGCCUGCAGGACUUCACCAGGAAGGCUGAGCGGCUGGAAGCGUGGAUCAGGCAGAAGGAGGAGAAACCCUCUCUGGAAGCACUGCUGCAGGAAAGCCUUGACAAGAUCCAGCUCACCCGUCGCAUCCUUGACUUGAAACAGGAGGAACAGCAAUUCCAGAGUCUGCAUGAGGAGUUGAACAGCCUAGCCCAGAAGUUGGAAAAACAAGGCAAAAGCGAGAGCAGGAGCAUCUCUGCUCGGCGCAAGCACCUCAACAAGAUGUGGCUGCGGCUCCAAGGGACCCUGAAGGAGCAUCAUGAAGCUCUGCAGCUGGCUUUGGAAGUAGCUGCUUUCCUCCAGCAAGCAGAUACCCUUCUCGGGGCUAUCCAUGCCAAGUGGAGGAGUGUCUGUGGUGUGGGGAAGCAAGGGGAGGCCGAAGCAGUCCGCGAUCGGGACGUCCGGGACAUGGCCAGCCAGGUGAUGAUGCUGGAUGUGACUGUGUCCCAGCUCCUCAGCCUUCAGCCCAGCCUGGCAGCACGAAUCAGCCAUAAGCACCGAGAGGUUAAGGAGAGGUGGGCCCAGCUCCAGCAGGUGCUGAGGUAG